AUGUCGGUCAAGCGGGUCCUGGUCAUUGCAGGAUCCGAUAGUUCUGGCGGCGCAGGCUUGGAAGCCGACCAGAGAGUGUUGGCUGCCCAUGGCUGCUAUGCCCUCACAGCUACCACGGGACUGACGGCUCAAAACACCCUUGGGGUCCAGGACAUUUUUGUCGUUCCAUCAGAGUUUGUCCGGAAGCAAAUCAAUGCUGGCCUGGAGGAUAUCGGUGCUGAUGUGGUAAAGCUCGGGAUGCUGUCCUCUGCAGAGACGAUUGAUGUCAUUGCCGAAACACUGCAAUCUCAUCAAGUCAGCCAUAUAGUUCUCGACCCGGUCAUGGUAUCUACCAGUGGGUCGCAGCUACUCCCAGAAAAAGCUGUAAAAGAGCUGCGAACGAAGUUGCUCCCCAUGACCACCAUUGUCACGCCGAAUAUCCCCGAGGCUCAGCUCUUACUCAAAGACGCCGGCUUGGCCGUAACCGAACCUACUAACCUUGAUGGAAUAAUACGGCUCGCCAAGAACCUCAGUACUCUCGGCCCCAAGUCUGUUCUACUGAAGGGUGGCCAUAUUCCUCUGACGGAGGACCACAAGGUAGCCCAAAGUGCCGAAGAAUCAUCCAUCGUAAUCGACGUCCUUUAUGAUCGCGAAUCCGAUACGACAUCAUUGUUCGACACCGAGUAUCUGGUGUCGAAGAAUACUCACGGCACUGGUUGCUCACUGGCCUCGGCCAUCGCUGCCAAUCUCGCGGCAGGCAAGGACAAGGUACGUGCUGUGCACGACGCGGUGCGCUUUGUCGAGGCUGGCAUCAAGACUAGCUUUGAUCUUGGCAAGGGCAGUGGACCUAUCAACCACUUCCAUUCCAUCUAUACAAUGCCGUUUGCACCCGGGCGUUUCCUUGAAUAUUUACUAGGCCGUCCCGACGUCCACAAGGUAUGGCACCCAUUCACUCACCAUGAGUUUGUCGAAGGGAUGGGCCAAGGAACGCUUCUAGUGGAGCGCUUUAAGGAGUACCUCGUUCAGGACUAUCUAUACCUGAUCCAAUUUGCGCGAAGCAAUGCCCUUGCGGCUUAUAAAUCGCAGAAAAUGGAUUCGAUUGCGGCGUCCUCGAACAUUGUUUUACAUAUCCAACGCGAGAUGGCCUUGCACCUGGACUAUUGUGCUUCAUUCGGUCUGUCGAAGGAGGAGAUCGAAGCACACCAGGAGACCAUAGCUUGCACCGCGUAUAGUCGGUUCAUCCUUGAUGUGGGGCAGUCAGAGGACUGGCUUGCGCUGCAGAUGGCACUCGCUCCCUGCUUGCACGGAUACGGGGCCAUCGCCAAACGUCUGCAUUCAUCAAAGGAUACUCUCCGAGAGGGCAACCCAUACAUGAAAUGGAUUGAGAACUACGUUGCGGACGACUACACGGAAGCUGUCCGAAUCGGAGCCGCAUUACUAGAGGAGCAUGUGCACAAAGUGUCGCCAACCCGUAUGGAGGAAUUGAUUAAGAUUUUUGUUCGGGCGACCGAGUUGGAGAUUAGCUUCUGGGAUAUGGGACUGAGCGAUAAGAAAGUCUGA